AUGUCCAGCGCUCAAGGAAACGAAACGACCUCGCUCCUCCCGUCCCGAAACAAUCACCCCGACACCACCGCCCAAGAAGAAGAGACAAUGAGCAGCCAGGCCUUUUGGAGAGUCGGAGCCGUCUUCGGCGCCACCGCCGUCGGCCUCGGGGCCUUCGGAGCCCACGGCCUGAAGAACCGCAUCUCUGAUCCCGCAAAGAUUGCAAGCUGGUCCACCGCUGCGCACUACCAACUCAUCCACUCCGUCGCCAUUCUCAUCGCCCGCUCCAACCCCGUCGCCGCCGGUCUCUUCACCGCGGGCGCGACCAUGUUCAGCGGCAGCAUCUACGCCCUCGUUCUCAACCCGGACCUCAAGUUCCUCGGCCCCGUCACCCCGAUUGGUGGUCUCGCCCUGAUUGCCGGCUGGCUUGCCUUGGCUUUCACCAAGGGUCGCGUUGGGUUCCGCGUGUAG